GACCAAUACAGACCACUACACUAUGUAGGCGCGUGUUGCACUGUGUGCUCCAGUGCUAAGUGUCGUCGGAGACUUAACACAGCCACUUGCAUCAUGAUGACGCAAACCAGAACGACCCUUCCACUCGCAGCUCGCAGCGUACCAGCAUCUUUCUACACAGGACUGUGAAGUUCAACAUAUCUCUCGAAAUCUUCCCAACAAUAUUGCCAUUGGAACUUUGCGGUCUGCGCAUCGCAACAAGCCGAGACCAUAUCCUCUGAGGUCCACCUUCGACGCUCAGCUGCAAGGACUCGGAUACAUUGGCAAGUGUCGCCAUCAACGCAAACGAGCGGGCCGCCGGAUGCAUGUACAAUGGGUAUCACUCCAGCCGCCUGGCCCUGUGCGUCAGCGCUGCUGACCAAAGCGAAAGAGAAGAGAGAGAAGGCGACGUACCAUGAACUCCAUAACAUUGAUCCUGAAGUGUUCAUCCAGCACGACCCAGCCAAGCGAGCACCUGCGAGUACGGUGCGUUCAGCACGAAUUGCACAUGGUUCUGUCCAGAAUAGGCAUCUGCCGAUCAUGACCGGCUGCACGCCCUGCGCAGCGUACUCCGGGCGGUUCUGCAGCAGUGAAUGCAAUGCGCGGAGCUGCAUCGGAAUCACGCGCUCCCUCCCCGUGAGCGGCAGCCGCGCCAUCUCGCGCGUGUCGCAUGAGGGGUACACGACGCGCGUGCGUACGGUCGCGGCGGGCCCGAACGGGGGUACGCGAGCACGAUGUCGACGUGCCGAUUCGUCCAGCCCUAGUUGACCAGCACGGCACUCACGCGGCGCAGCGUGAGCGCGUAAAGCAGCAUGAACGCGUGAUAGUACGCGCGCUUUGAAGAAUCCGAGUGAACGUGUAUUGAACAUGAACAACGACCUCGUCGCCCUCUGAAGCGUCGACUUCCUGUUGAAGAUCGCUCCAACCAAUCUUGAUUCUCACUGGGUUUUCGAGAAUGACGAGCUUUUCCGUAACUUCGAUGUCCAACUCCGCUAAUUCCUCGCCAACAAGUUUCCUGAGAUGUACAUGAGUGCGGAACUGUCUUUCAAGGUCGAGAAAUCCAUUAUCUGGUCGACACAGUUGAUGCGGACAUAUUUUACGCUCUCUGAAUGCGGUACAACAUAUAUGUCAUUGAUCCGUAGCAUUUCCCAAAGACAUAGCCUUAUUACAACUUAUAAUACCUGAUCCCAAACUGACCAGAGGCUGACUCCCGUCUGAGCAUACCUGACAAGAUCUUACCGGCCUGACCACCGCCUGAGGAUAUGUGGUCAGGGUCUGACAACAAGCCG